CCAUGUGCGCUCGGUUGCAGAACGACGACGAGCUUGACGACGCUUUACGUCACGACCCGGAAGAAGAUCCGAAUCAAUGACCGUUGGAGAAAUUGGUGACAGUAUUCAUUUUUAUUCUGUAUCCCAAAAGAUAAACAACGAGCUCGGCAGGCGAAAGGUCCCAUUCUGCUUAUUUUAAACCCCAGCCUUGACUCGCCAUCGACUAACUUCUCCAGAAACAGUUGUCCUUCACACGGAGGGAGACAUGCAUGGCAGAGUAAAGGUCAAAACUACAGCCCAGCAAGAGGAGGAGAAAAGGAAGGAAAGAGAAAAGAAGCUGAAGCUGUAUGUGGCUGCACGGGAUGCCUGUUUCUCUAAGAGAAAGGAGGGCGUUCUGGAUGAAGAAGCCCUCCAGCUCACUCAGCAGAUGCUGUCAUCCAAUCCAGAUUUUGCAACGCUGUGGAACUACAGAAGAGAACUGUUGAUGCACCAGGAAACUGUGAAGGACAAGGAUGAGUUGCAGAAGCUUUAUGAAGCAGAGCUGUCAUUCUUGGAAACUUGCCUGAAGGCAAACCCAAAGUCCUACGGCUGCUGGCAUCACCGAGGCUGGGUGUCAGUGCGGCUGCCUCAACCUGAUUGGGCAAGAGAGCUGAAGCUUUGUGAUCUCUGUCUGACUAUGGACGAGCGCAACUUCCAUUGUUGGGAUUAUCGGCGGAUGGUAGUGAAAAUGUCUGGUGUAUCAGUGGAGCAGGAGUUGGACUUCACCUAUCGUCUCAUUGGCUCCAACUUUUCCAACUACUCCAGCUGGCACUACCGCAGCACCCUGCUGCCGCUUCUCCACCCGGAGUCUCCGGAGCAGAACUGUGGUCCAGCGUCCUCUCAAACUCACUCCCACCGUGUCUGUGAAGAGCAGCUGCUCAAAGAAUAUGAACUUGUACAAAAUGCUUUCUUCACUGACCCCAAUGACCAGAGUGCUUGGUUCUACUACAGAUGGUUACUAGGUCGAGCUGAUCGUGAGGAGAUGAUAAGCUGUGUGUACGUGGACCGGGACGACGAGAGAGUAGCUGUGGCCUUUUCCAGGCCUGUAAAUGCCUUGACUGUUGGUCUGCUGCUGGUUCUGGACGGUCAGCCACAGAAGGUGGAGUGGAGGAGUGUCCAUCCACGCUUCAAACACUGUCCAGUCUGGAUUUGUGUUCUUCCUCCUGGAACAAUCAGUGACACCAGUAAUGAACACAAUCUGACUGUGCACUGGACUGAAAAGCACACUCACAGAGACUGUGCUCUUUACACAGGUCGAACCGAGAGUUAUUGUCGAGAAUCUGCAACAGAUCAGGAACUUUUUAGGAGUGAACUGUCAGUGGAGAAAACCUCGGUGUUACAGUCAGAGCUACACUCAUGCAAUCAGCUGCUGGAGAUGGAGCCGCUCAAUAAGUGGUGCUUGUUGACUAUUAUCCUCCUUAUGAGGGCGCUAGAUCCACUGGGAUAUGAAAAAGAAACUCUCGGUCAUUUCCAAACAUUGAAAGAAGUGGAUUCAAUGCGCUCUGCGUAUUACAGCGACUUGUGCAGCAAGUUUAUGAUUGAAAACACCAUCCUGAAAAUGGAGUACGCUGAAGUGCGUGUCUUUAGUAUUUCUGAGAAGAGCCUUACAACAUUAUGUCACCUGGACCAGCUGUUGUUGGUCACUCACAUCAAUCUGUCCUCCAAUAAACUGCAGCGACUGCCUCCACAGUUUGCCAUGUUGCAGUGCCUGGAGGUUCUGGAAGCUGAUAAUAACUCCAUAGAAAAUCUGGAGGGUCUGCACAACCUCCCCAAACUGGAGGAAGUCCUCUUGAAGAAUAACAAUAUCUCAACACUGGCAGCUCUUCAGCCCCUGGCGUCCUGCCCCAGGCUGAAGCGCCUCGAUCUCCGUGGCAACCCCAUCACUCAGAUCACCAACAUUGGGUCAGAGUUGGCCGAGUUGUUGUCCUCUGUCACCGACCUUUUGCUCUAAUGAGACGAGAAGUAGAAAUGGCAGGCAUCAUGCUCCCGUUGUCCGUCACAUUGUGGUCGUGUGUGUUUGUGUGAGCGAGAGAUUGUGUGUACCGAAGUGUCUCGUGACGCUCUUUGUUGCACCUGUUUGGGAGAAUGUCAAUCACAGCGACCCCAGGGUCCGAAAGCCUUCACAUUCAAAGCUCCGUGUCAAAAGCCUGUAACAUUUUCAUUCAGCAUUUGUAUGCUAGUGUGUUUGUGUGUGUCUGGACAUGGAGAAAUAACAGAGCACCACAUGCAGAUGCAUGCAGCAACCCUCAAGUAAACACUGUAUAUGGACCAUCCUGCAGCAGUGCUGGUUCAUCCUCCAGUAAUGAUAAAAUGGUUCAAUUAUGUGGAAAGAUAAUCCUUAGCUGAUCACAGCACAGUCAUUGUCAACAUGUUUUUUUAAUUGUUCUCUUAAACAUUUAUUAUAGGACAACAUAUUGUUCCAUGACAUGCCACUAAUUAAAUUAAAAUACACAUUCAGCUUGA